AUGCACAGGAAGUCACUCUUCGUCCUUCUUCUCCUCGUCACUCUCGUUUUGAACGUCGACGCGGAUGCGGCCGAAAAAGCUAAAAGUGGCGCCGAAUCGGCCGGAAAAGACGUCAAAAACGGAGCGGAAAGCGCUGGAAAAAGUGUGGCCGACGGAGCCGGAUCCGCGGGGAACGCGGCCGUCGACGGAGCCAAGACUGCCGGGAACGCGGCCGCCGACGGGGCCAAGACUGCCGGGAACGCCGUCGCCGAUGAAGCGAAAAAGCUCGUGGGCUCUGGAUGCGCAGUGCUUGGUGAGCGGUCUCGAUGGAGCGCACUUUUAUCUUUUCUCUGUUCAGGUGCAUCUGCCAUCAUGCUCGUCGCCGCUCGGCUCUUGUGA